GACACGGGCCCACGUUUUCUUCAAACUUUGAUACACAUAUGAUACACACGUGUAACGAUGAUAAUAUCAAACGUACACACAUGUAUCAAUGAUAGUGUGUUGUUGGUGUAUCUUGAGUAACUGAUGUUGCUGGUGUACCUUGUGUAAUUGAUAUAGUGUUGCCGAUGGCACAUGUAUAACAUAACAAGAUGAAACUUUUUAUGUUGAGUUUUUUAUUCUUGGAGUCAGUUCAGGUGGCGUCACUACAGGAACCGUGCAGAAAGGUGGACUCCUGCAGAUGUACAUUUAGUGACUCCCAUAUUGAUCUGACGCCUCUGGCUGGAGUCUCGGGUCCCAAAUGGCGGGACCAGUACGACCAGUUCUACAACAACCGCUUCUCCUACAACCCCUGCUUGAGCUUCAGCGAGGGCACGUGCUCUAAUGUGGCGGUGUGUGAGAUGAACAACGCCAUGCAAUAUUUCACCGCGGGGACGCAGGAAACGGCCAUGUACCUGUAUGACGCCACUACAUCCCUACUUGCAGUAGAGUAUAACUCUACCGACACGAUUGGGCUGACUCGGUACAGCCGUGUCCUACUCAACUGCAUCACAUCCGGUCCUGACAUAUUACAAAUCCAAGGAGAAGGCGCCACAGGACAUUACGGGUUCAAGCUGAGCAGCACCCACUGCUGUAGGAAACCAGGGGCGUUACCAGCUGGGGGCGGCGCCCACUUCAAAGUUGGUCUCGUCCUGAUCAUCGGGUUCUCCGCCUGUUGUCUGACGAUAUUUCUUGUUGCGGGAUUUUGUUACUGUUGUCGACCAAGGUCAAAGGCUCAAGGUCAAGGGCGAAAUCAGGACAUAAGAUUUGAAGAGUUCGCAGGGAAUAAUUACAGCACAUUCAACUAACCCAGUGGGAUUGUGGGAUAGUGGGAUAGUGGGAUUGUACAGAGGAUGUGAGGCGGAUCCAGCAUGAUUCGGGAGACUUUACACGCAGGGGUGUUGCCAAUAGGAACAGAGAAAUUAUAUGAUUCAACAACGUCAAAGAGAAAUUAUACGUGUACGAGUCACCAAUAGGAACAAAGAAAUUAUACCUGUACGAUUCACCAAUAGGAACAGAGAAAUUAUACCUGUACGAUUCACGAAUAGGAACAGAUAAAUUAUACCUGUACGAUUCACGAAUAGGAACAGAGAAAUUAUACCUGUACGAUUCACGAAUAGGAACAGAGAAAUUAUACCUGUACGAUUCACGAAUAGGAACAGAGAAAUUAUACCUGUACGAUUCACGAAUAGGAACAGAGAUUUUAUACCUGUACGAUUCACGAAUAGGAACAGAGAAAUUAUACGUGCACCAAAGCCAAGAGGGAAAUGGCUCAAAUAAUGAUAGUUGGUUAAUUAAAAAAUAUAAUAGAUGAUGUUUAAAGGAAUCCAUGAUGUAAAUAAAUUGUUUCAAUCAUAAA